CUGUUCAAACCGAGAACUACAACAACACCACAAAUUAAAAAGAUGGCGGCUGCCACAAGGCUCAUAUCAAGGUUGACUCUGGUCACUGGUGGAGGCAGUGGGAUCGGACGGGCGGUGUGUCAGCGCUUGGCCUCUGAGGGCGCCUCCGUGGUGGUCGCUGACAUCAGCGAGGAGUCGGCCAACGAGACCCUGGGGAGCCUGCCGAGUGACCUCAGAGGUCAGGGUCACAUGGCGGCUGUGGUGGAUGUGUCCUCCAAAGAGAGUGUAAAGAAGCUGGUCACAAGUAUACAGACUCAUUACUUUCAGCCUCCCUCAGUGUGUGUGAACGCAGCAGGCAUCACGCAGGACGACUUCCUGCUCAACAUGGAGGAGGAUCAGUUUGACAAAGUCAUCCGGGUCAACCUGAAGGGUUCAUUCCUGGUCAUUCAGGCUGUCGCUCAGGCCCUGGUGGCCUGUGGAGCACCCAAAGGAUCCAUUAUUACUGUGGGCAGCAUUGUGGGGAAGGUGGGAAACAUCGGACAGGCAAACUACGCCGCCUCUAAAGCUGGAGUGGAAGGUUUAACCAGGACGGCUGCCAAAGAGCUGAGCAGGUUUGGGAUUCGUUGUAAUUGUGUGCUGCCAGGUUUCAUAUCGACUCCGAUGACGGAUAAAGUUCCAGAGAAGGUUAUUAGCAAGAUGACGUCCUUGGUGCCUCUGGGAAGAAUGGGUGAGCCGGCAGAGGUCGCCGAUGUCUGUGCCUUUCUAGCUUCAGACGACUCUCGAUACAUCACAGGAGCCGGCGUCGAAGUGACAGGUGGACUUUUCAUUGGAUAAAUCGACUGUUCGUCACACUGAUGAACACCAAUGGGAGAGCAGUUCCUUUAUAGUUAAUUUAAUUUGAAAAAUUAAGUCAUGAUUACUGUUGAUUUUAUAAAUCUGGUUGUAAACAUGUACUGUAAAGCCACUUUUUGUGCCAAUAAACACGUUUGUAAUAUUAACAUUA